AUGGAACGACCGGCCGACCGACAGGACGGUGGUGUAAGACGACAACAGCAGGGCAUUUUCUGCAACACCAUCAAACUGGCUUACUCGAAGACUCACGGUGUUUUGUUCGAUCCAGAUUUUCAAACGCCCCUGAUUGUAGACGAGUCGUUGGAUUUCUCAGACGCUGAAGAUUCGCGGUUUAUCGGUGCAUUUUCAGACGGCCUUCUGGCCAAGUCUGAACCCAUCUUGUCUAUGUCUACUUUCCAAAAGCCCCCUCCUGCGGCCUUGCUCGAUUAUGAAUCCGCUCGGUCUAUGCAUGACGGUGCCUCGUACUCCAGUUAUGGGCAAACGCCUUAUGUAACAAGCGCCUCUAUGGUCCCCUCGCCCAUGGCCGAUCACACCAGCCAGAUAUCCGAUUGUGUUCCCUACAUGAGCAACCAGAGCUACGCCAGCUCUUACGAGGAGGGUCGGUCACCAAUGCUGGGUGGAGAGUCUCGUCAAUUACCCGAAGUCCUUUCCUACUCUCCCCAGCGAGGGUCUGAAGGCACAAGGGUGUUUGUGGAAAUCCAGUCUCCCUAUGACCUCCACAACUCAUCAUAUGCGACGGUCUACCUUGUGUUCGGCUCGAAGAAGUCCGAAUGUGUGCCCCAUUUCCUCGAUUUCCAGGGAACUGCUUUCCGAUAUGCCCUUUCCGUGGACACUCCCCCAUUCAUGUCCACGGGGUCCCCAUCACUCGCUGUGCCGCUCCAGGUUGUAGUGGAUGGUCAAGGCGAGUGUCCUACGACUGCUCUACAGGUUGGUGUCUAUACAUACGAGCAAGCAUCCCACCAUUCUCCUUCCGAUGAAUCACGCAAGAGAAGGAUUUCGUCCCUUUCCGAGGACACCUCGAGGCCCGCCAAGCGCAGCGGUGUCCAGUCCAUGCAUGCCAGAGACCAGUCCGCCAGCUAUUCGACGACAUAUUCGCCUUAUCUGCAACCCCUUCCAGCUAUGAACGGAUUUGCGACCCCAUACCAUGCAGCCCCCUCGCCUCGAGUUGGCCCGGCGCAGUACUCAGCUGUUUCGGGAUCCUCUCAGCCGUCAAUCCGAGCGCCUUCUCCUCUGACUCCAUCCUGGAGCCCCUCGUACAUGUCCGUCAGCAGUGAUCCUCGGACGCCAGGAUUCGCCGUUUCUCAUGGUCUCCCCCAGAAGGCAUCGUCCCCUGGUCGGUUCUCGAACCCGACCCUCAUCCGAACGUCCACGUUACAGCACUCCGGUUCCAUCAGCCAAACGCAAUCAUUCAACCCUUAUGCCAUGUACCCGUCAAAGGCAAUCCUGAAGCUGAAUGGAGAUUUGGAUUCCAUGACCCAACACUGGACUAAGGAAGAGCGCGACAUGAAACGACGCCUGGUGCAAUUCACUCGGGUGCAAAACGGCAGCACGAUCCACGCGGAUUUCAAACCUGUUGCCCCUGAGGACCGAGCCCCCAACAGCAUCUGCAUCAGCUGCAUCAGCUGGGAUGGCAAGGAUGAGUGUUUUGUGACCAGCGUCGACACCAUUUACCUCCUGGAAUCACUUGUGGGUGUCCGCUUCACCGUGGAGGAGAAGAACCGCAUUCGAAGGAAUCUAGAGGGAUUCCGUCCCCUUACCGUUUCGAAGGCCAAGGCCGAUAGUGAAGAAUUCUUCAAAGUUAUCAUGGGGUUCCCAGCGCCCAAGCCGCGAAACAUCGAGAAAGAUGUCAAGGUCUUCCCGUGGAAGAUCCUGAGCCAUGCUCUAAAGAAAAUCAUCGGAAAAUACUCCGCAAGCUACUCUUCCACUGCUGGCGCACUUCCCACCCCAAUUGCCUCCAACUACCCCAGCAAUGGUGCCGCAUCCGAUUCAGGCACCGAACCUCUGAACGCAGCAUCGCCUCAGUCUGUUUCGGAUACCGCUCCCUCGACAACGUACAGCUCGGCAAUUGGAGCCCCAGCUUAUUCACCCCCCACGGGGCAUUCCGGAGCGCCAAUGACCAACCCUGCCGAAUUGCGCGCCGUGCUGCCGGCCGUCAACCCGUCCUACCACAGCAUGACCACUCCUUAUCAAUGUGCACCCGUUUGCCAGCAACCGAGCCAGAUUGGUAUGACUGCGCCAGUGAGUCGAGCCUGGGAGUUGAAUCCUCUCGUGAACGCCCCUCCGGCCAGCGGGCCCCCUCCUAGCAGUACUCCCUGCUAUACCUAUAUGGCCCCUAUGCCGUACUCUCUUCCGGACCAAGGGCCUUGA